UUCUCUCUACUUUUAUCAAUACACAUUCUCGAUCUUCAUCUUCUUCUUCUUCUCCGAUGGCGGCUGCUAGGGUUCGAUGUCAUCACAGCAAUGCCCUUUUCACCAGCCACCGUAACUCGUCGACGCUACCGAUAUCUCCUAAUCGUGUCGAUUUCACAGCUUUGAAAUGUCCGAGGAAGUUCUUGUUGUCCGUUGGAGAUGGAUCUUCCUGCACAAGGAAUGUUUCAGGUUCUUGUCUCAAAGGCACAGUGCGAGCUGUUAUGAGAGAGGAGAAGACGGAUGUUGUAAAGGAGAGGGAGGUGGAAGAGAAGAGUUUCACGUGCGUGAUGAAGUUUGGUGGAUCCUCGGUGGCGACGGCGGAGAGAAUGAGGGAAGUGGCGGAUUUGAUUUUGGCGUUUCCGGAAGAGACUCCGGUCAUUGUUCUUUCCGCUAUGGGGAAGACAACCAACAAUCUCUUGCUUGCGGGAGAGAAGGCUGUGAGUUGUGGUGUUUCUAAUGCAUCUGAGAUUGAGGAAUUGAGCAUUAUAAAGGAGUUGCAUCUCAGGACAGUGAAAGAGCUCAAUAUCGACUCCUAUGUUGUUACAUCGUUUUUGGAAGAACUAGAGCAACUACUGAAAGGUAUAGCCAUGAUGAAGGAGCUGACACUACGAACCAGAGACUACUUAGUCUCUUUCGGAGAGUGCUUGUCUACAAGGAUCUUUGCAGCUUAUCUUAAUAAAAUCGGUGUCAAAGCACGCCAAUACGAUGCAUUUGAAAUUGGUUUCAUUACAACGGAUGAUUUUACAAACGGCGAUAUCUUGGAAGCAACUUAUCCAGCUGUUGCCAAGAGAUUAUAUGAUGAUUGGAUGCAAGAUCCCGCUGUUCCUAUUGUAACAGGUUUCCUUGGGAAGGGUUGGAAAACUGGUGCGAUUACUACGUUGGGUAGGGGUGGUAGUGAUCUGACAGCAACCACAAUUGGUAAAGCUUUGGGUUUGCAAGAGAUCCAGGUGUGGAAAGAUGUUGAUGGUGUUCUAACAUGUGACCCUACUAUUUAUAAAAGAGCUACACCAGUACCCUUUCUAACAUUCGAUGAAGCAGCCGAGCUAGCUUAUUUUGGUGCACAGGUCUUGCACCCGCAGUCAAUGAGGCCAGCAAGAGAGGGUGAGAUUCCUGUUAGGGUUAAAAAUUCUUAUAACCCUAAAGCUCCUGGAACUAUCAUCACUAAAACAAGAGACAUGACCAAGACAGUUUUAACGAGCAUUGUUCUGAAACGCAAUGUGACCAUGCUGGAUAUAGCAAGUACCCGAAUGCUUGGUCAAGUUGGGUUUCUUGCAAAGGUAUUUUCGAUAUUUGAGGACCUUGAAAUAUCCGUAGAUGUUGUUGCCACUAGUGAAGUCAGCUUAUCUCUGACAUUGGACCCGUCAAAACUUUGGAGCAGGGAACUGAUUCAACAGGAACUCGAUCAUGUGGUUGAGGAACUUGAGAAAAUUGCAGUUGUGAAUCUCUCAAAAGGAAGAGCUAUAAUCUCUUUAAUUGGAAACGUUCAACAUUCCUCCCUGAUUUUAGAGAGGGCGUUUCAUGUUCUUCGGAAAAAAGGUAUCAAUGUCCAGAUGAUAUCACAAGGAGCAUCCAAGGUAAACAUUUCCCUUAUAGUAAAUGAUGAUGAAGCUGAAGGAUGCGUUGAGGCUCUUCACAAAUCUUUCUUUGAGAGUGGUGACCUCUCAGAGUUAUUGAUACAACCUAGACUUGGCAACGGAUCACCUGUUAGGACAAUGCAAGUAGAAAACUGACUUUCACGAUCUCAUUACUUGAUCUGCAUUUUUCAUUGUAUUGCUUCUGAGUUCUACGUACGUUCAUUAAGAACUUCUUUGUUGUCCACUACUUGUUUUACGUUUAGGCAAGGUAACUACUUGCCAGUUUUUCGUUGUGUGAGAACUAUGGGACCAUUUGCGUCAUUAAAUUUUAACCAAUAAGAGAAGAAAUAUAUUCAGAUGUAACUACAUAUGUUUGGAUACUACAGAUUGGUUUGGUACAAGAACAUUGGACUAAAAGCUGUGCAGUUGUGUAAGCAUGUGGACAAGCUCAUCACUUGAAGGCCGAUCUGCUGGAAAGUCAGAAAGACAGAUAAUAGUGAUCCUUAAAGCCAUUAACAUCUCAUCUUCCUCCACUUCCUCGCCAAGAAUACUCUUAUCUAAUGCUUCCCUUGCUUCUCCGGAUUGCUGCAAAUGCUUCAGCCACUGUCCUAAGCUCCCUCCGCUUGCACCUUCUAUAGAGAAAGGAUGUGUAGGGUCUCUUCCAGUUAAAAGAACACCCAAUAUCAUCCCAAAGCUGAAGACGUCGCUUUUGUCUGUAUAUCUGUCACAAUGAUUUGCAUAACUACGUUAGUAAAAGAGAGUUAACUCAAAAGGCAACAGCACUGAUUCUAAGCACCUGUUACUUUGAGAAGACUCAG